GCCUCCCCGCUCACCCCUUCCGUGUGUGGAGUUCUGGAGUGUGGCGUAACUGGGCGAAGGUCAUAAACCUGACCCUGCUCUCCCCGCCCAGCACCGACCUCGCUGCAGCCUGUGCUUCAUUCAGUCACAACUUGCAGACUCUCAAUAAUGUCUAUUUCUCUCCGCGUCCUUGGCUUCGCAUUGUGGGCGUCCUCCAGGUUACUCCUGGCCGUCAUCCGCCUGAUGUCCUUCUUCUCUUGGAAGCCCCCCAGCUUGUCUCCUCCGCGGGACCCCUUGUUGCUUACCCCGGUCUCUGUCCUGGCAAAGAAGAUCCGGCGAGGAGAGGUCAAGAGUAGUGUUGUUGUGCAGACUUUUAUAUCUAGGAUCCGAGAGGUGAAUCCCAUAAUCGGUGCUUUAGUAUAUGAUCGCUUUGAGGAAGCCUUAAAUGAAGCCAAGGCGGUUGAUGACUUGGUGUCCUCUGGGACACAGGAUGAGGCAACCCUUAAAAAAAAUUAUCCUCUCCUGGGCGUACCACUAACUGUUAAAGAAGCAUUUGCUCUACAAGGAAUGCCACAGAGUUCUGGACUUUUAUCUCGUCGUUCAUUACGCUCUGAACAUGAUGCAACUGUAGUCUCGAGGUUGAAGAGAGCCGGAGCAAUACCUCUUGGUGUUACUAACUGCAGUGAACUGUGCAUGUGGUAUGAGUCUAGUAAUAAGGUAUAUGGCCGGACAAGGAACCCAUAUAACCCGCAGUACAUAGUAGGUGGUAGUUCUGGAGGGGAAGCCUGUAUCAUUGCAGCAGGAGGAUCUGUGAUGGGAGUAGGCUCAGAUAUUGGAGGCAGCAUAAGAAUGCCAGCAUACUUUAAUGGAAUAUAUGGACACAAGCCAACUUCAGGUAUUGUACCUAAUGAGGGCCAGUUUCCUGAUGCUCAUGGCUGUCGUACUGAACUUUUGUGCACUGGCCCUAUGUGUAGAUAUGCAGGAGAUCUCCCACUUGUCCUCAAAGUGAUGGCUGGAAAGAAUAUUGAAAAGCUUUCUCUUGAUAAAGAAGUCUCUUUGUCCAGCCUGAAGUUUUUUUCCAUGGAGAAUGAUGGAGGUUGUCUGUUUGUGUCUCCAGUGGAUGAAGAAUUGGUCCAAGCACAAAGAAGGGUGGUCAAACAUUUAGAAGUUGAACUUGGAGUUAGUGUCCAACCGAUCAACAUAUACAAUCUACGUUACUCUUUUCAGAUAUGGUCAGCAUCAAUGUCUUCUGAUGGUAGUAAAGGACAGAGUUUUACAGAUUUGAUGGCAAAUGGGAGUUCUCUGUGGCCAAGUUUGGAACUUCUAAAAUGGAUAUUUGGUCUAUCGAAGCAUACAUUGCCAGCAAUUGGUCUGGCUCUCACCGAAAAAGUGGCCAACCUAAAUUCUGAAGGCAAUGCAAGAAUGAUCCAGAAAGCUAAACAUCUGAAAGAGGAAAUAAAUUCAUUGCUGGGAGAUAAUGGAAUUCUUCUUUAUCCUUCACACCCCAAAAUAGCUCCAAAACACAACGAGCCUAUUGCCAUGCCUUUCAAUUUUGCAUAUACUGGGAUAUUUAAUGUGUUAGGACUUCCAGUUACUCAGUGCCCACUGGGGCUUAGUGAAGCUGGACUGCCCUUAGGCAUACAGAUAAUUUCAUCUCCGCACAAUGACCAUCUAACAUUGGCACUUGCUCAGCAUCUAGAAAAAUCACUAGUUGGUUGGACACCACCAGGAAGUAUCUGACACAUGGAUAGAAUUGUCUAUAAUUUUUGUCUGCAUUGUUUUUAAAAUUUUUAGGGUGGGGGGGUGAUAGUAUUGUGUAAUGUUAUGUUCUAUAAUAGUAUUUACUUUUAUAACCAAUGUUGAAAAACAAUAUAAUUGACAACUAAAGAUUCAUGUAAGAAACUCAAAUAAAAUAUGAACUGUU